ACUCCAUACAUCCCCGGUUUCGGCACAGCAGCUUUGUUAUAAAGGCGGAAACUUCUUUACGUGACAUCUUGCCGGCGGUCUGGGCUCACCGGCCACUCACCCAAGCUUAUAUAGCCGAGAACUGGAAAGCGAAAGUGAAGAGAAAGUCCCCAAAAUUCAGCUGUAUUCAGUAAAGGUUGAUCCCGAUAUGGUUCUUAGCACGAAUAGCAUAGCCAUGGCUACCUUUAUGCGGAGGAGUCCAUCUGAGGAUGUAGUAAGUAAAACGGCUUAAUUAACGCCACAUGAAAUGAGCUAUUAACAUUCCGGCAUAAUUCUCCAAGUCAUUUUUCAUAAUACAGGUCGUAGGGGGGGGGGGUUUGAUAAGAAACAAUGUAAGUGAACGAUGUAUGCAUGAUAAUUCUUUAAAUAUGACAGCUGUGUUGUGAGCAAAAUUCGCAGUAUACAUAACCACAAUUUAAUGUGUAGAAAACUGGGCGUUGCAUUAAAUGGGUAGGACUUUUGUCCAACCUAAGCUUCCGUAGUGUUGUCAACGAGAAACAUGGCGUAGUCAGGAAGAGGUAACGUGCGGUGUAGUUAUACUAUGUCGCGAUUCAUUUUAACGAGGUGGAAUAGCUUAAACUGAGUUUCUGCUUGCUUCGUUGCGCGAAUUUUUAAUAACUGUAAACAAUUGUUUUAUUUUGCCAAAGGAAAAAUGUAGCCGAUCAAGUUAGCCACGUUAACUUGUAGAAUACGCCAUGGCGUGCGUAUUGAAAGGGGUUGAGAUUAUUUUUACAGCUCAUUCUGUAUUGUGAAUGUCAGUGAAUAUUCUACGUGUACAGUGUGUUUUCUGAACCUUCAGCGCUAGCUGAUAAAGUCGUUAUUUUAUUAUUGAUUACCAUGACGGAGACGACAGGCGACGAAGAGCUGCGCCCUGUCCCCAAGGAGCGAGCGAUCUUGGAGAGCUUCUUCACCCAGCUCGGGGUGUUUUCAUUCGACCGGGCCAAAGACUACGUGGAAAGGGAGAAGGACAGCAGCCGGAGCGCCGGGGCUAUCUGGGCCUCUUUCCUCGCUGCCCUGGCCCACCUGGCCGCGGCGGAGAAAGCCUACCAUAACAUGACUUUUCUAGGGCAGAAAAUAGGUGGGCAGUCGUUUUUCAGCCGGAAGGACUCCAUCAGGACCCUCUACACCUCCCUGUACAACGAGCUGAAGAAGGUGGCGACCACCGGGCGCAAUGCCACGGGCGGCACGGCUCCCUACCUGGAGGACCUACUGUCCCACCUGUCAGAGCAGCUGUGCUUCUUCAUCCAGGCCCGAGUGGAGAUCGCCGACUUCUACGAGAAGAUGCACUCACUGAGCACCCAUAAGUCCACCAAUUCGGAGGAGCUGGUGAGCUUGUUGGAACCUGUGCUACAGAAGUACAGCUCCAGGUUUCACCACCCCAUUCUGAGCCGCCUGGAGAGCAGCUUCCAGAUGGAGGUGGACGUGCUGACCCAGCUACUCCGGUGCCAGGCAGAGAUCUCCGAGUGGAAGUUCCUGCCCUCUCUGCUGAACUUGCGCAGUGCCCACACCAAGCUGCACACCUGGGGCCAGGUGUUCGACAGGCAGCGUGAGACCCGAAAGCCCCUGUUCGGCAGCCAGGUGCAGAAGGCCUCACAGCCGCCUCACCUGUACCUGUGGUUGCAUCGCUUCCAACAGACUCUGCUGGCCAAGUUCACUUUCUACUUCCACGAGACCUUGAGCCGGCAGACCACGGUGUCUGAGAUGAAGGCGCUCACGGCCAAGACCAGCCCCGACUACUACGGCAAAGUGUCCAGCUUCAUCCGCAAGUGUGACGCCCUCAAUGUCUCGCUUGUCUUUGACAAUCGUGGCUUGGAGAGCUUCCAAGGCCACGGCUACCACCACCCAGACUCAUACCGUGAGGCCCCCAAGGGUGUGGACCAGUUCCCAGCCGUGGUGUCCCUGCCUAGCGAGCGGCCCGUCACACACUGGCCAAGCGUCAUCAUGAUUAUGAGCGACCGUGCCUCGGACCUCAACUCGCUUGACAAGGUGGUGCAUUUCUACGAUGACAAGGUCCAGAGCACCUACUUCCUGACUCGCCCUGAGCCCCACUUUACCAUCGUAGUCAUCUUUGACUCCAAGAAGUCGGAGAAGGAAUCGCACAUCGUUUCCUUCCUACAGGAGCUUUCUGGCUCGCUGAGGAACUCCAAGCCCUUCACCACCCUCAAACCGGGCUCCAAAGGCUGAGACAGCCCUUGUCGGAGAAGAGCAGGAUAAUAUUAGCUCAACUGGAAAAUUUGACUUUGGGUUGGGCAGGGAGAUGGAUUUGCCUGUGGUGUGGCUUAGGAAACCUCUGUAGUUGGUCAAUGAAAAUCGGCUCAAGUGCUGAAUUUGCUUUCAAUUCUUGACAUCAUUUAAAUUAAUUUCACUGAAGAAUAAAGGAAGAGCUAAGAUUUCUUUGAACAUUGGUUAGCUUUGUGACACUUGCACUAACAUAAGACCAGUUCAUGUCCUUUGAAAUGAUCACUGUAUCUGCACUGUGCAUAGCUUGCAUACAUGCAUUCCAUCCUACCUAAAUAUUGUGUAUAGCUUAAGAGGGUACAGAGUUAGUGGUUUAUUUGACCCUUCAAACUUGGUCUCACUGGUAUAUGUGUCUCGUGGAGGGCAAGAGAAAGGUGAAAAUACAGUUUCACCAUGGGGAUCACCGUGGGUAGUGAUAAUGAUAUUCUAUAUAGACUUGACAAACCAAUAACAAAUGAUGCGCAAUGCCCAUGCUAGCAUGGUGCCGCAAAUUCCAAUUAAAUAUAUAAAUAUCAGCUUUAUGACGAGUAUAAGCACUGGAGGAACUUCUGAGCGGAAUGUAAAUGUGUCUGUAGUGAAUGUGUAGAUCCAUUUGGGUCUUGGCUUUGCCGAAGAAUCAUGCUGCUCUAGUCUGUGUGCUAGUGGACUGAGUGUUGAUGAGUUUGAGUACUGAGCUGAGAAGAAGCUGGCGAACUCUGGACCUGUGGAGUUCACCUCCAGCCAGGAGAGUCUCCACUACAAAGACACAUGAAAUGGGGGUCUAACUUUUUUCAUACUGCCAUUUUUGAUUUUGCCUUAAGUGGAGCUGGAGAUGUAAACCUCAUUGAAGAGCCACCAUCAGCUGCCCAGACUACGGACCCCUUUCUCAUCCUUAUGUAGCUGUCACUAUUCCAUCUGUACAGGCUAAAAUCUCAAUGUUUACAUUCUAAUUUUUAAUAAAAGAUGGUAUAAAAAUGCA